GAUGUACCUACGCAUUGGUGCAGGUUCAUUUCAAGAUCUGCACACGUACUCCUCAACGAAUCGCCUAGAUGUUAUACCUAAAUAAGGGAAUCCAGAAAUAGGGGGAAGCUAUUAAACUACCCCAAAGCAGCCCAGAGGUGCGUCCCGUCGAGACCAGGAAAGACCGCCCGGCUUUGAAGAGUCAGAGAACGUAAUUGCGAUGAGCGAGUGCUCUGUCCAAUCGUCAGAGAAUCCUGUAGCCUCUAGACCAAUGAGCAAGCGUCAGGGGCGGGGUCUGUGCACACCCGGAAGUGGGUGCAGGCCGGCAGGCUCGCCGGGGGGCCAUGGCUGUUGCGAUGACUGCUACGGAGGGGGUCCCAAGUCGUGGAACCCCCGGGGAAGUAAUUCAUCUGAACGUGGGGGGCAAGCGGUUCAGUACCUCUCGCCAGACGCUCACCUGGAUCCCAGACUCCUUCUUCUCCAGUCUUUUGAGCGGACGCAUUUCAACUCUGAAAGAUGAGACCGGAGCUAUCUUCAUCGACAGGGACCCCACCGUCUUUGCCCCCAUCCUCAACUUCCUGCGGACCAAAGAGUUAGACCCCAGGGGUAUCCACGGUUCCAGCCUCCUCCAUGAAGCCCAAUUCUAUGGGCUCACUCCACUGGUUCGUCGCCUGCAGGUAAGGGAAGAAUUGGAUCGAUCUUCCUGUGGAAAUGUCCUCUUCAAUGGUUAUCUACCUCCUCCAGUAUUCCCAGUGAAGCGGAGAAACCGGCACAGCCUAGUGGGGCCCCAGCAAGCAGGGGGACGUCCAGCCCCUGUUCGACGGAGCAACACCAUGCCCCCCAACUUGGGUAAUGCAGGGCUGCUGGGCCGAAUGCUGGAUGAGAGAGCACCUCCAUCCCCAUCAGGCCAACCGGAAGAGCCAGGGAUGGUGCGAUUGGUUUGCGGUCACCACAACUGGAUUGCCGUGGCUUACAGCCACUUUCUCGUCUGUUACAGGCUGAAGGAAGCCUCUGGCUGGCAGCUAGCUUUUUCCAGCCCUCGUCUGGACUGGCCCAUUGAGCGCCUGGCUCUCUCAGCCCGGGUGCUCAGCGGUGCUCUGGGUGAGCAUGACAGGAUGGUGGCUGCAGCCACCGGCAGCGAGAUUCUUCUGUGGGCUCUGCAGGCACAAGGUGGUGGCUCUGAGAUAGGUAUGCCCUUCAGCCUUUUCACAGGGACAGCCAUGAUGUUACAGGUCCAGGAGGUCCAGCCUAUCACCAGUUACGAUGCAGCCGGCUCCUUCCUCCUUCUGGGCUGCAGCACUGGCUCCAUCUAUUACGUAGAUGUGCAGAAAUUCCCCCUGCGGAUGAAGGACAACGACCUCCUCGUCAGUGAGCUCUACCGAGACCCGGCAGAGGAUGGGGUCACUGCACUCAGCGUCUACCUCACCCCCAAGACCAGUGACAGUGGGAACUGGAUUGAGAUUGCCUAUGGCACCAGCUCAGGGGUCGUGCGGGUCAUCGUGCAGCACCCUGAGACUGUGGGCUCCGGACCCCAGCUCUUCCAGACCUUCAGUGUGCACCGCAGUCCUGUCACCAAGAUCAUGUUGUCAGAGAAGCACCUCAUCUCAGUCUGUGCCGACAACAACCAUGUACGGACGUGGUCUGUGACCCGCUUUCGAGGCAUGAUCUCCACCCAGCCCGGGUCCACUCCGCUAGCGUCCUUCAAGAUCCUGGCGCUGGAGUCUGCCGACGGUCACGGAGGCUGCAGUGCUGGCAAUGACAUUGGUCCCUAUGGUGAGCGGGAUGACCAGCAGGUGUUCAUCCAGAAGGUGGUGCCAAAUGCCAGCCAGCUCUUUGUGCGGCUCUCCUCCACUGGGCAGCGGGUGUGUUCCGUGCGCUCAGUGGAUGGCUCACCCACAACUGCCUUCACCGUGCUGGAGUGUGAGGGUUCGAGGCGGCUGGGCUCCAGGCCCCGACGCUACCUGCUCACCGGCCAGGCCAACGGCAGCCUGGCCAUGUGGGACCUGACUACCGCCAUGGAUGGCCUGGGCCAAGCCCCUGCAGGUGGCUUGACGGAAGAAGAGUUAAUGGGCCAGCUGGAGCAGUGCGAACUGGCCCCCUUGGCUUCCUCGCGAGGCGCUUUCCCCAGCCCCUCACCCAGGGCCUCUCUUACCAGCCUGCACUCAGCCUCCAGCAACACGUCCCUGUCCGGCCAUAGAGGGAGCCCCAGCCCACCGCAGGCAGAGGUCCGGCGCCGCGGGGCAGGAAGCUUUGUGGACCGGUGUCAGGAGCUGGUGAGGGGUGCACCAGAGCCUCGGCGACCACCGACCCCGGCCCCUCGACCCUCCACAGGUCUUGGGACUCCCCUGACACCUCCUAAGAACACUCUUAACGAAACUUCCUUUUGAACCUAACUGCCACAGUGCCUUCCCAUGGACUGGCCCCAGGGGACUUAGGGCCAGGGCCUCCUUGGAGUCACUGAGGUCCCUUAGCCUUCCUUUCCUAAAAGCCAAAGUCACCUCCCUAAUAAAACCCUUACUGCCAA